AGACAUCAUCAUAACUUCCGCUGCGUACUCACGGCCAAAGCUAAAUGGUUAUUUUUAAACGAAAAAUCAGAAUAUCCGAGAGAGAAAGGAAAAUAAGCUCUUGGCGAGCGCGGGCUUGGAUCGAUCUCUUUAAUCCCACGCAGAGCCACGAGGCAAACAAAACGCGAAAAAAAAAGUGCAGUGUAAGCCGAGAAGAGAAGAAGGUUGGAGUACAAGAACAUUCUACUCCAGUUCCAGUCCAGUCGCCGACGAAUUGAGAUCGUAGCGUACAGUGGUAACGGAGAUAUCAUAUACUUUGGUACUUCUAUUACCUACCCUAGGCUAUAAAAGCACAAUAAAAGACGCAACAGAGCGCACGUAUAGGUAAUCAAGACACGACACAACGGCGUCGCUCCGUCUCUUUUUAUCGCGUCGUGUGUUAUUAUUAUAUCCUACUGGUGCUGCUGCUGCUCCUGCAAUGCUGCUUUACAGCAGCCCAAGUCGGGAGUCGCUGCGAAGCGGUCGGGAAUCGCUGCGUAAGGCUGGCGACUAUCACCCAUCGAACUAUCAAAACAAACGACGUACCUUCUCCUCUUCGUCCUCGCCUACUCCACCGACAAUGUCCAAAGUUGACAAGACAGAGCUCAAGAACCGAUUGACCCCGCUCCAGUGGCAUGUGACGCAGGAAAAGGGCACCGAAAGGCCCUUCACCGGUUGUUACAACAAGCACUAUGCCACUGGAGUCUACACCUGCAUCGCCUGCGAGCAGGAGCUCUUUACCUCGAAUGACAAGUACGACAGCAGCUGUGGCUGGCCGGCCUUUACCGACGUUUUGGAGCAAGGCAGGGUCAAGCUCAAUAAGGACACGACUCUUGAUAUGGUCAGGACGGAGGUUACCUGCUCGCAAUGUGGCGCACAUCUAGGACACGUUUUCAACGACGGGCCCAAGCCCAAGAAAAGGAGAUUCUGCAUCAACUCGGCCUCCCUCAACUUCCAUCCUGGUAGUCCUACUGAUGCCACUGCUGCAGCUGUGGAUGACAAGAAAGAGUGAGAGUAAGUUGUAUAUAUACUUACAAGGGCACGUACGAGCAGUGCAGGUUGAGCUGGCACUGGAGAGAUCGAAAUUAUUUUUGUGAGGCUUUUUAUUGAUACCUAUACUUGUUACUUAUUCAUAUUAUUAUUAUUACCACUACGUGAGAUUUGUAUAUAAAUAUA